UUUACUCUAUGGCUUAUUUCAAUGCUGCGGCUGUAUUUAACGGACUUCAAGGUGAUGGAAAAUUUUGCCGAACUUUUACGGAAUAAUGCAGAUCUGUUGAAUCCAGAUGACAUUAGGCUUCAUCUACCUCGACUUUACUUAUCAUUGUUCAUCAUUGAUAAUUGUUUUAGUCUCAGUUUUGGAUGCCAAUCAUUUUUGCCUGAUUCUUUUGACUUGCUAUACGACAACUUAUCCAGAUUAAUCCCUCCCAAUACAUCAUCAUGUUUUGUUAGCAAUGUUCAAAUGGCAAAAAUAUUUCACAUUUUGGUUAAUGAUAGAAGAAAGAGCGUCCUCUCUGUACCUGCCCAAACAAGAAGAUACUCUCAUUUGGAUCCUUCCUUUGAUUACGUACGAUCAAAGCUACAUCCGCGCAGCUAUUCUCUUUUCUUUGUCAAUCUUUUAAAGGACAAAUGUGAGCUUUAUGAUUUCUUGAUGCAAUUGUACGAUUACUUGAAGUGUUUGCCUGCAAGCAAUUUUGAUGACGACAUUUAUGAAACCAUCAUCGAGCACCAGUUAAAAAUCACAAGGUUGGUGAAAAAAUUGUCACAAUCGCUUUUGAGUUUUGCGAAUUAUGUGUCAACCAUUUACUCACAACAACAAGCAUCUCUUUCCAUGGGUAAUGAUCUCCUCAGUCCCUUUUUUAAUGUGAGUUACGCGCAAUCAUUCAAAUUGAUCAAGUGCUGCAAGCUCUUGAUUGAUUCCUUCUUCACCCAUGCUAGCGAUGGUGAAUUGGUUUCUAGAUCCGUUAAGAUCAAUCAAGACUUAUCGAUUGCGUAUAAUCUUUUGAUGAGCAAUCUUAACAACAACUAUAAUGUUGUGAAAAAUCUCCGUGCUACCUUCUCCAGGGGAUUUGGUGGUGGAACACCUGGCCUUUCGUCUACCUCUGAACAAGUCUCCCUGAAGUGCUUGGGAUUUGCCUCCAUCAGUAUGAUAUCUAAAAAGGUUGAGCUCUUGAAACUAGAUUUUAGCAAUUGCCCAUCUCCAGUUGAUGUCAGUCUUGGGAUUAAAAAGAAAAACAUUGACGUAUGGAAAGGGGAGUACCUUGAAUCGAUUUUUCCAUUCUUUUUGACGGAUGAUAGCGAGGGUUGGUAUUGA